AUGAUUAUCAGUUCAUGGAAUAUUAGGGGGUUAAGGGGUGACGGGAAGCUGAGAAUGGUAAAAGAACUUAGAAGGAAACAUAGGAUGGAUAUGUUAGGUCUGGUAGAGACUAAAAGACAGCUAGUUACAAGGUUUGAUGUGUCAAAAAUAUGGGGGAGUGGAAGUAUGGGAUGGGAAUAUGUGGAGUCUGAUGGUGCCUCUGGUGGCUUGUUAUUAAUGUGGGAUGAUGGCUUCUUUAAAAUGCGAAAUUCUUAUAAAGGUGAGCGAUGGCUGUGUGUUGAAGGGAUACUGUCAGAGAAGUCUGUUGACUGUGCGUUUUUCUUGGUUUAUGGGGCUCACACUAGAGAUAAGAAACGUAUUGUGUGGGAGGAGCUGAGUUUCACGGCUGGCCUAUGUCCAGGCGCGUAUUGUUUUCUGGGGGACUUUAAUGAGAUUGGCCAAGUGGAAGAAAGGCGAGGUCUGGAUAGCUUACCUCUAUCGGCUCAGGACUAUAAGGUUUGGGUACAUGACAUGGGCUUGGUGGACCUGCCAAUUUCAGACCUUAAGUUUACAUGGUUCAGAAGACAGUCAUGUAGCCGUAUUGACAGAGCUUUGGUUAGCUUGGAAUGGCUUGAGGCGUUCCCGGAGACUCGUUUGAGAGGGUUUCUAAGGAUGGUCAAGGAGGAAUGGAGAGGGCUGGGAGAGAUACAAUUCACUGAUAAACUGAAGGCGUUGACGGUUCCUUUGGGGAGAUGGCACAGAGACAACUUUGGUGAUAUGGACAGGAAAAUUUUGAUGUUUGAGGAAGAGAUUCAGAAGAUUGAUGACAUGGUUGGCAAUGGGAUCUAUGACGAGACAGUGGAAGCAAGAAGGAAGGCGUUAGUUAAGUGCUGCGAGAAAUGGUAUGUGAGGAAAGAAUUACAUUGGAAGCAGAUGUCAAGGUCGAGGCUUGCAAGGGACAUGGAUAAAAAUACGAGAUACUUUCAUAACUUAGCUUCGGCGAGACGGCGUAAUAACAGGAUUGAUACACUAGCUAUUAAUGGAAGAUUGGUAAGGAAUCAAGCUAGGAUUAAAAUUACAAUCAGGGAGUUUUACAAAGAAUUAUAUCAUCAAGAGAGGUCUCCUGAGAUGGGGUUCAGAGAUGGCCUGGUGGAAAGGAUAAGCGAGGAGGAUUCUCUUGCACUAGAGGUGCUACCAUCACCUGAGGAGAUUAAAGAGGCAGUGUGGGAUUGUGAAUCAUCCAAGGCUCCAGGAUGUGACGGGUACAACAUGAACUUCAUAAAAAAGUGUUGGAAUGAUAUAGGAUCCGACUUUACGGUAGCGGUGUUGGAUUUCUUCCAAUCUUCAAGGUUGCCGCCUGAUGCUAAUGUCACAUGGGUGGCAUUGGCCCCCAAGUUUCCUGGUGCGAAGGAAAUAAAAGAUCUGCAUCCAAUUAGCAUGGUAGGGUGUGUAUAUAAGGUAAUCUCGAAGAUGCUGGUUAGGAGAAUGAGAGGGGUUAUGCCAGGACUAGUGGGCGAGACACAGAGUGCUUUUAUAAAAGGUCGAAAGAUUCAUGAUGGGGCUCUUAUCGCAUGUGAAACGGUUCAGUGGAUCAAACAACGGAAGAGGAAAGCGGCAAUAAUAAAGUUGGACUUUCAGAAAGCAUACGACAGAGUCAAGUGGAGUUUUGUAGACCUUGUACUGCAGAAGAUGGGGUUUGGCCGAAAUUGGAGGGGGUGGGUGAUGGAGUGUAUCAGCACGUGCUCUAUGUCAAUAUUGAUAAAUGGUUCACCAUCCAAGCCAUUCAAGAUGGAAAGGGGGCUGAGGCAAGGGGAUCCUCUGUCCCCAUUUCUCUUUGUACUUGUGGUUGAUGUACUACAUAGGAUGAUUGGAGAAUCUGUGAGAAACGGUCGCAUAUUACCAUUGAUGGUUGGGAGAGAUCAUAUUGAGUUAUCGCAUCUACAGUUCGCAGAUGAUACUGUUUUGUUCUGCCCGCCGGAGGAAGACACAAUCAAAAACUACAGGAGGUUGCUUAGAUGCUUCCAAUUGAUGUCAGGUUUAAGCAUUAACUUUGAUAAAUCCAGUUUGAUUCCUGUUAACUGCGAUGAACAGUGGGUCCAACGUAUGUGUGGUCUACUGGGCUGUAAGCAAGCCAAUCUACCUGUUAAAUAUCUCGGUAUCCUGUUAGGAGCAAACCCAAGGCUGGUGAAGACGUGGAAGCCAGUAAUAGACAAAGUAGAGGAAAAGCUUAGUCUCUGGAAGGCCAAGAUCCUCAAUAAGACCGGUAAGCUAGUACUUAUCAAAUCUGUGUUAAAUAGUCUACCGGUUUAUUAUCUGAGCCUCUAUAAGAUGCCAAAGGCUGUUGCAGAGAAACUGAUAUCCUUGCAGAGAAGAUUUUUAUGGAAUAAAGAGGAUGGAAAGAGUGGUAUGGCUUUGGUGAAGUGGGAAGUGGUUCAGGCCCCUAAGAAGUUAGGUGGGUUGGGGGUUGGGGAUGCUAUGAUAAGAAAUUCAGCUCUUGUGUUUAAAUGGUGGUGGAGGUUCUCUAAAGAGGAGUGUCCUCUGUGGAAGAAGGUUGUAUGUUCAUGUAACAACCUCAAUCCAAAUGAGCCCCUGUACUCUCAGAAACUACCUAUCCGAGGUGGUCCGUGGAAGGAUAUUUGUCAGUUACAGUUCAAGAGUCAAGAAGUCCGACAAAAAAUGAUUACUGGGUUGUCUAUGGAGGUAGGUGAUGGGAGACGAACCCGGUUUUGGGAGGAUGUAUGGAUUCAUGGAGGUUUUCUGAAAGACCGCUUUCCAAGGCUAUUCUCGGUUUCAAACCAAACAGGAUCAAUGAUAGGGGAUUGUGGGUUUUGGGAUGGGUUAGAAUGGGUAUGGAAUUUUCAGUGGAGGAGAGAAUUGUUUCAAUGGGAGUUGGAUCUAGUAAACCAGCUUCACCUCACUCUGAAACUGGUCAAACUUGAUCUUGGGAGAGAGGAUAGAGUUGUAUGGAAGUAUGAUAAACAAGGGAUUUUUUCUACUAACUCAUUUGUGCAGGUGUUGCAGGUGGAAAUGGCUCCAGAGGAUAUACAUAGCUACAAUUUUACUAGGACCAUUUGGAAAGGCCUUGUCCCACCCAGAGUAAAGCUGUUUGUCUGGUUUGUCCUGGUUGGCAGGGUUAAUACGAAGGAGAGACUGAGUCGACUUGGGAUCAUUCCCCAACAAGAUACUUUGUUGUUUUAUGUAACAGUAAUGUAG